AUGAGUUACUUGAACCGUGUUUGGGUGGCAACAACCGUGGCGGUGGCGCAAGGCCACACUGAUCCAGGCCAUAAGUGCAAAACAGCUUUCGGAUCUAUUUGCCAAAAUCGGACUCGUCCUUUCUCCGCUGACAGUUUGUCGGAUCUCCGGCCGUUGGCCGGCGUCGAUGUAUCGGACGUACCCGUGAGUUCUGAGGCGGAAGAGAGGCUGAGACAAACUGACGAUUCUCUCCGGAAAGUGAUGUACAUGAACUGCUGGGGUCAAGCCUGA